AUGUCGAGAAAUCCCCCAAAAACCAUCCUGCCUGCUCGCUCCCCUCCUCUCCUCCGGCCCCUCCCUCGUCGUAUCCAGCAAGCCAACACUGGAGAAUCGACUGCCGGCGGAGAGGUGGGCGAGCCUGCAGAAGUGCGGGCGGUGUCUCCCUCCGGUGCACCGUCCGUCAAACUGGGUGCGCCCCGGUCGCGGCCCGUCACACCAGAUCUGUCUUACCGGCAGAUCGUGGCAGGGUUUGCAUCCCCCCUGGAAGUCCUAGGCUCGAUCUCUCAGCUGGAGGUCGACCAGGACUCUGGUUCCCGCCCUGGCGGCGUAGUCGACGACGGUGCACUGCACCAGGUCGAAGUCCCUGGCGAAGAUCAGUGGACCGAGGUCACACGUAGUACUGCCCGCACUCACCGUGAGCGUAGCCCUAGCCAACUCAGUAAUAGCAAAGACACCUCGUCUGGGCCGCACACUUGGUCUCAGGCGGAGGGAUCCAUGAGUAUCCCACAGCUGCGAACCUUGGCGGAGAGGUAUAGCACCCUGCUCCGCAACGCUGAGGCGCGCACCGCAGCGGACGGCCACGCCAGUGGAAAUUUUCACGGCGACACAGCCACCAUGAGUCAGACCAACAGAUCGGUCAAUUCGGGCCCGAAACAAACGCCCGAAUCUGCCAAGAGCAGUGAGAUUGUGCCUCAGGCAAAUAGCCAGGCACGCGCCGGCCCCUCUAAGAAUCGGGGGAAGGCGAUUGACCCCAGGAACUGGGGGCAACUGGACUUCGGAGAAGAAUUCUCCAAGGACGAAAUCGAAGCGCAGCGCGAAGCGCUUGAGACUCACAACGCGCGGCACCGUGAGGUCAAGAGGGAGCAAGUUCCUACUGAGAUGAAAAAAUUCAGUCCUCGGUCUGGCGCUAAUCCCAUGCAGAACGCACCUUCGAUCCUAACUGACAACGAAUCGGAGCCCGAAACAGAGGGCGACGUAGCGUCUGGCCAGACCACGGAUGAGAAGAUCCGCCGAUUGGAAGAAGAGAUCCAAUCGCUCCAUCAGGGCUACAUGAAAUUAGAGGCAUUCACCAUUGCCCAAAUGUCGAAACAAUACAAUACCUCAUGGACUCUUCAGCUUCACUAG